CCCAGCCUUUUCACAGUGACCUGCCCUCCCUGUUCCCUGACCCUCACCGUGUCUACAGCCACAAAACUAGCUGUCUUUAUAGCCAGCAGGAGGGACGGCCAUAUCUUUUUGAAGUUGUCACUUUGCACAUCCACCACAGGAACUUGAACUACCAGCUCCUUCUCAGAUUUUGAGCAUUUGCUGACACCGCCUGGGGUAAGGAAUGGGAUGGAUGUUAAUGUUCAGGCUAGGGUCCAGGGGAACAGAUACUCCAAGCUAGGCCAUGGCUGGGGCCUGGGGAGCAGUUUCCAUUGGGGCAAGAUAUGGUAGCUUUUUCUUCAAGCCCUUGUAUCCGUCAUGUUCUAGGCACAGGCCUUGGAAGGGAGAGGAGGCCUGAGUCUUCCAGGGGCUUAUGUGAGACUUUGGGAUAAUGUCUCCCUGCAGCCCUAAGUUUCACAAUCUGUAGAAGAGGGAAGUUGGAUUAGAUGCCUUUUGAGCUUCCUUCCUCCGACGUCCUGCAGGAAAUAUUUUGCAGAGCUUGAGGAUUUCAGCUCCCUUAAUACAUCCAAAGGCUCCAUACUAUUGUUCUCAUGAUGCUCCAGCACAAGCCACAGCCCCAGUACUCUCCAGGGUUUGAUAAGUAAGGCCCACCUCACAGUUCCCAUUAUGUCCCACUUCCUUUGGACCACAACUCCCAGCCUCCCAACUAAUAACGCAGCCAUCAUCUCAGACUACAUCUCCCGACGUGCCCUCACAUCUCCUAACUAAACUCCCAACACCCCAGGCUUUCCGAGCCGCGAUGCACACCGGGACUUGUAGUCUUCUCGUGACUUACUGGGUUUUAAGAAGCUAGUCCUCUGAAGCCUGAGGACGGUUUCUAGGGCUAUGCAUCCCAGGCCUUCCCUUUCCCCGGAGCCCGUAGGCAUUUAAGGCGGCCCCUGAGAAGUCACUCACCGUCAGACGCCGCUAGAGCUGAGACUGCGCCAUCGUCACUGUCGGCAGCCAUGACACCACGCGUCUCUCGCCUGAGUUGGUGGAUGCGCACCACUUCCGCUUGGUUUCUUGGCGCGACUCCUUCUGUCGGGGAUGGGGGCGGGAUCUCGCUCUCAGAGUCGCCGACAGGUUGGCCUUCGGUUCAGACUUACGGGUCUGGCGCUGGGGAAUCGGCUCGGCGCGCGCUGAGAGCCUAUUGGCUGGUGCCUUCCGGCUUGGCGCCCAGAUUGGCCGGAGCCACGCCCCCUGGAGUGCGUCUGAGUCCGGCGCGGGAGACCGGCCGGGAGGCCAUCAUGAGGAAGCCACGACCAACUGGGAGAAGUCACAGGAAGAAAGCAUCUAGGCAAGAGGGAGGGGAUAAAUGUGUCCUCAACAGCAGCCAGGCCAAGCCUUCUGUCCCUGAUGGUCUGGUCAGGCAGCAGAAGAAGGUGGUAUUGCAGGCCUCCGUCUCCCCGUACCAUCUAUUCAAAGACACAGCUGAGAUCACAGCCUUCCGGGGGAGCCUGCUGAGCUGGUAUGACAGAGAGAAGCGCAACCUACCCUGGAGAAGGCUGGCAGAGGGUGAGGUGGACCUGGACAGGCGGGCGUAUGCUGUGUGGGUCUCAGAGAUCAUGCUGCAGCAGACCCAGGUUGCCACGGUGAUUGACUACUAUACCCGAUGGAUGCAGAAGUGGCCGACACUACAGGACCUGGCUAGCGCUUCCCUGGAGGAGGUGAACCAGCUCUGGGCUGGCCUGGGCUACUACUCUCGAGGCCGGCGCCUGCAGGAAGGAGCCCGGAAGGUGGUAGAAGAGCUAGGGGGCCACAUGCCACAUACAGCAGAGACUCUGCAGCAGCUCCUGCCCGGUGUGGGGCGGUACACAGCUGGAGCCAUUGCUUCCAUCGCCUUUGGCCAGGCAACCGGUAUAGUGGACGGGAAUGUAGUACGGGUGCUGUGCCGUGUCCGGGCGAUUGGUGCUGAUCCCAGCAGCACCCUUGUCUCCCAGCAACUCUGGAGCUUAGCCCAGCUGCUGGUGGACCCAGCCCGGCCAGGGGACUUCAACCAAGCCGCCAUGGAACUGGGAGCCACAGUGUGUACCCCGCAGCGCCCGCUUUGCAGCCAGUGCCCUGUGCAGAGCCUGUGCAGAGCACACCAGAGGGUGAAACGAGAGCAGCUCUCAGCCUCCCAAAGCCUGCCACACAGCCCUGAUGUGGAGGAGUGUGCUCCCAACACUGGACAAUGCCAGCUGUGCCCACCACCCACAAAGCCUUGGGACCAGACCCUGGGAGUGGCCAACUUUCCCCGAAAGGCCAGCCGCAGGCCCCCCAGGGAGGAAUGCUCUGCCACCUGUGUCCUGGAGCAGCCCGGGGCCCUUGGAGGCUCUCGACUUCUGCUGGUGCAGAGGCCAAGCUCAGGUUUGCUGGCAGGACUGUGGGAGUUCCCAUCGGUGACCAUGGAGUCCUCAGGGCAGUACCAGCACGAGGCCCUGCUGCAGGAACUGCAGAGUUGGGCUGGGCCCCUCCCGGCCACCCGCCUCAAGCACCUCGGGGAGGUUGUCCACACCUUCUCUCACAUCAAGCUGACAUAUCAAGUAUAUGGUCUGGCCCUGGAAGGGCAGAUCCCGGUGACCACCGCACCACCUGGCGCUCGCUGGCUGACCCGAGAGGAGUUCCACACUGCAGCUGUCUCUACUGCCAUGAAAAAGGUAUUCCGGAUGUAUGAGGGCCAACAGCCAGGGGCCUGCAAGGGUUCCAAAAGGUCCCAGGUGUCUAUCUCGUCUAGUCGGAAAAAGCCCAGCCCGGGCCAGCAAGUCCUGGAUCAUUUCUUUCGGCCCCAUGUCCCCACUGAUGCACCCAGCCUCAACAGUGUGGCCCAGUGAUGCCUCUGGAAGUGCCCACUCCUGAGAAUCCUGUUGUUUAAUAAAGUGUUUAUUUUCUGUAGU